AUGGACCUGUUCUCCGCCGCUUGUGAGAACUUCGGUCUGGUCAUUAACACGCAGAAGACGGUGGUGAUGCACCAACCGCCACCCAACUCAGCCACAGCCCCCAACGCGCCGCCACAAAUCAGCGUGAAUGGAACCCAACUGCAAGUGGUGGAGAACUUCCCGUACCUGGGCAAUACCCUCUCCCGCAACACCAAGAUCGACGUUGAAGUCGCCAACAGGAUCUCGAAAGCCAGUCAAGCCUUCGGUCGCCUCCAAAGCACAGUUUGA